AUGACGUAUUACGAUCCAUAUGAUAAUGAUGAAGUUCGAAUGGAAAACAGGCCUGGUCAUAUUCCAGAAUGUCAAUUUAGAGAGCUCCUCAAAUAUUGGAAGUCUGAAAAAUUCAAGAAAAUGUCUGAAACAAAUACUAAGAAUCGAAAAAAGCUGAUGAAUCCACACACUGCUGGCAAAAAGAGUUUCGCUUUAGUUCGUAAUAAGCUGGAGAAAGAAAAGGAGACAGUAUCAUCUAAGGAUCUCUUUGUGGUUACAAGAACAAGAAAAUUCGGGCGUUUGUACAAGGCUUCG